GUUCUUCCCACCGGUCUCCUGCCUGGAAGUGCUGACAGAUCAAGGCAACAAAUUUCAAUUACAAGCCCUAAUUUGUGUCCGCAGAGCGUUUGUUACCCAUGUCAGAGCUGUUUGGCCCCUCAGACGAGGCAGAGCUUGCAGGAGGAGGGGAAGAAGAGAAGCGCCGCUUGUGCAGAAAGGAAUAGUUUGGAAAGGAGGGGGCGGCGGCGGCGCACCCCAAACCACUUCGGGCGGCGAGAAGUUGGAUGUAAAGGAAAAGGCGAAGAGGAGGCGAGCAGUGCGGCCUGGAAGGAGGCGAGCAGGCAGGGGGAGGGAGAGGAAAGGAAAGGAGGGCUCUGAGCCCGCCGGCCUGGGCAUGGCAGAGAAAAGGAGAGCCUCGCCUUGCACCAUGCUGAGCCUCAAGGCUCACGCUUUCUCGGUGGAGGCGCUGAUCGGAGCCGAGAAACAACAGCAGCAGCAGCAGCAGCCGCAGAAGCGACGAAAGCUGGUAGGAGCUGCCGGAGAAGAGGCGCCGGCCGAAGCGGGCAGCAGUUGCGACCAGGGCUCCAGCGAAGGCGCCGAGAACAGCAGCGCUUUGCCGCCCAGCGCGGAAACCCGGGCGGCCGCCGACGCCUUGAGGAACGGCGCGGCCCGAACCCUGCCUCCCGGUAGCUGCGACGAGACUUUCCUAAGUGCUGCUACGUCGCCCCCAUUGUCCCCCGGAGGUCCUGCCAAGGCGGGGGGCUCCAGUAGGCCCGCUUCUCCGCUGCUUGCGCCGCAAGUGCCUCGGGUAGACCUGCAGGGCGCAGAGCUCUGGAAGCGCUUCCACGAGAUCGGCACCGAGAUGAUUAUCACCAAGGCGGGAAGACGGAUGUUUCCAGCUAUGAGAGUGAAAAUUUCAGGCCUCGACCCCCAUCAACAAUAUUAUAUUGCUAUGGACAUUGUCCCCGUGGAUAACAAAAGAUACAGGUAUGUUUAUCACAGCUCCAAAUGGAUGGUAGCUGGAAACGCAGACUCGCCUGUGCCUCCUCGUGUGUAUAUUCACCCAGAUUCACCUGCCUCAGGAGAGACCUGGAUGAGGCAAGUGAUUAGCUUUGACAAACUGAAACUUACAAACAAUGAACUGGAUGACCAGGGUCAUAUUAUCCUCCAUUCUAUGCACAAAUAUCAGCCACGUGUCCAUGUCAUUCGGAAAGACUGUGGGGAUGAUCUCUCACCAGUCAAACCCAUUCCUUCGGGAGAAGGAGUGAAGGCAUUCUCCUUUCCUGAAACAGUUUUCACAACUGUGACAGCUUACCAGAACCAACAGAUCACUCGGCUCAAGAUUGAUAGGAAUCCAUUUGCCAAAGGAUUUAGAGAUUCUGGACGCAACAGGAUGGGAUUGGAAGCUUUAGUGGAGUCCUAUGCAUUCUGGAGACCUUCACUGAGAACACUUACAUUUGAAGAUAUACCUGGAAUUGCAAAACAAGGAAACACUGGCUCCUCCGCUUUGCUCCAGGGAUCUGGCAAUGGAGUACCAACUACUCACCCCCAUCUCCUUCCUGGCUCCCCUUGCUCUUCUCCUGCCUUUCACCUUGCUCCCAAUACUAGCCAGCUCUGCAGCCUCACUCCGGCUGACUACACAGCUUGUGCCCGCUCAGGUCUGGCCCUUAACAGAUAUAGCACUUCCUUGGCCGAAACAUACAACAGGCUUACAAACCAAACCAACGAGACUUUUGCGACCCCAAGGACUCCCUCUUAUGUUGGUGUCUCAAGUGGUUCAACUGUGAACAUGCCUGUGGCGGGCAGUGAUGGCGAUGCAUUCAGCUGUCCUCAGGCAGGCUUAUCCAUGCAGAUUUCAGGGAUGUCUCCACAGCUCCAGUAUAUUAUGCCCUCCCCACCCAGCAACGCCUUUGCCACAAAUCAAACACACCAAAGCUCCUACAACGCGUUCAGACUGCACAGCCCUUGUGCUCUCUAUGGAUACAACUUCUCCACAUCCCCCAAACUGGCUGCCAGUCCUGAGAAAAUUGUUUCUUCCCAGGGAAGCUUUUUGGGGUCGUCGCCGAGUGGAACCAUGACGGAUCGGCAGAUGUUGCCCCCUGUAGAAGGCGUGCACUUACUUAGCAGCGGGGGGCAGCAGAAUUUCUUUGACUCCAGGACCCUAGGAAGCUUAACGCUGUCAUCAUCUCAAGUAUCUGCACACAUGGUUUGAUAAAGCCUUUUAAAAGUAAAGUACAGUGCAUUGGUUCCUACAGUGUAUUCCUUUUGGGGAUUAUGUAAGGUGAUUAAUGUACCUUAUAAGGUGUUUAUGUUGUUUUUAAAAAAAUCAAAUCGCCAGAAGAAGUUUGGCUGAAUCUUUCCACUUGCCUAUGAACAGAUAUUUAGAUAUGCUCUGGUGUUCUGAAUUAACUUCAGUUUGUUUGCAGAACAACCCAUUUAGUUUCCUGGUAGCGUACACUUCAUUUUGUAACACGUUUGGCCAUAUGCAACGAAUUAAGCAAGACUUCCUCCAGCACUCUUAUUCCCCACAUCUUUCCUCUUUAAAGAACAAAACAACACUCAGGUCUGAUUUAGAUGAAACAAAAAACACUACACACACAAACACACUUCUACAACAGCUGUUCUUAAAGUGUUCUUCUUACCACAAUGAGCUGAUGCCUCAAAGCAUGCAUUACUUCUCUGUUGUAAGAGAGAUAACAAACACAUGAGGCAUAGACCAGACGUCUAGCUGUGACAUAUUUUCAAAAUAAAGGGACAGGAGGAUUUUUCUUUUUCAAGCUUUAUGGCAUACCUAGCUUUUCAGUGCUAUGCUUUUGCUAUUAUGAUGCAUUGUUAGCAUAGGAAUACCUACUGGCAUUGCAUCAAAGUGCAGAUGCACUGGUAAGAACCUAAAUUAAGCAGUGGAAAGGGCAGUAGGACUAACUUAUGUACAGAAUGAAUUUAAAGGAGACUUGCUCCAUGUGAAGAGAGUAAAAAAUUCCUAAAGAGAUUUAUAUUUUUUAAAUAUGAAAUAUAUGUUUUCAAAAAUAAAGUACAAGGCAGGACUUCGAAAUCUUUCCAUAAACUUUCUUUUAAAAGAUGUUAGAAUGAUCUUUCUAGACGGUAAGGUAGUGGGAAUAUCGUUUACUCCCAUUCUGUAGUCCUACAAGAAUUUGCCUACA